AUGUGGUUAUUAAAUAUAUUAAUAUUCAUUUUAUUAAUAAAUGAUGCUGAAAAUGUAAAACAGAAACUACCUGACAUAGAAAGAUGGAAUAAUUAUGUUAGAAGAUUGGGGGAUGUUGAUUCAAAGAAUUAUAGUGUGAAUGAAAAUGGGGUUUAUUGUAAAGUUUGUGAGAAAUAUGGUAAACCAAGGAGAUAUGCUUUAUUUAAAAAACAUCACAACGAUGGGAAAAUGCAUCGAACAAAAUUGAGUAUGAUAUUCUUAGAUAACAAUAAACAUAAUAUUAAAAAAAUAAUAUAA